CUUCGUCCGACUGUCUCCAGGCAUCGCUCAUCUCCAUUGCCACGUCCACCUGGACCCCCCCAUAUCGAUUCCCGUGGGGCACUGAAAGAGGGCUGUCCGCGGCGCUUGGCCCUGAGCGAGCGGCAAUUGCCUGAGGCAUAACCCGUACAAAAUGCCGCCCAAACCGACCGGCACUUCAGGGGUGCCUCCAGCAGCGCAUAGCUUCCAGCAGCGCAGACAGGAGCGGAUGCGAGGUACAGGCACAUCCACCGUCACGCAGUCUUCGCAAAACUUCCGCUUCCAGAUCCCUAGCCUCCCAUUCAAAGCGGCAACGAACCCUUCCGGCGUAAGCGCCAAUGCGAAAGGGUCCGGUGAAUCUGGGCAGCAUGAUGCGUACGCAUUCAGCGGAAGUACAGCUGGCCCCGUGCCGAGCGCCGCGAGCGGUAGCCCGAGGAGGAUUGUCUUGGGGCGUGCAGGAUCACAAGGCGCAUCGCAGUCACAACAACAGCCUCCAAGAUCAGCGAUGAAGGGCGGUCGCGCAUCCGUUGGUGCCGCUACGACGCCUAUCAAAGGAGGCGGCAACCGGUAUAUUCGUACCGCCUCCGGGAAGAGGCGUGCGAUCGAAGACGAUGAGAAUAUGGAGGAGGACGCCGACGACGCAGAGGCGGAGCGCUUCGAAGAUGAGACCCCUGAGGAUUAUCUGGACGCCAGCAUGGAUCUCUCGCGCACAGGCGAGAAGAGCGUUUCGUUCCAGCGCGCGCCGCCGGCCAGAUACGAUCGUUCGGCGUCGACUGCCUCGUCGGCCGGCCACACGCGCAGCGGCAGAACGCUCAAGCAGACUGCGCUGCUGCAGUACGACUCGCCCAUCACGGCGGCCGCGCGGAGGAGCGAAGAACGGCGGAAGCAGACUGGGCGGCAGCCUGAUCCACCGCCACAGCGCUCGUCCAUGAGCGCAUCUACAGCGAGGGCUCAAGAGAAGGAGAAGGCAAAGGAGAGGAUGCGGGAGAAAGGGAAAGAGGAAGAAAAAAAGAAGGCGCGGCGGCAGCGAGAGCUCGCAAAGAGGAUGGAGGAGGAGCGAACUCGGGCAAAGAAAGCAGCGGCUGCGAUUACCGCUCGCGGUCGAAAGCGCAAGCGGGCUAGUGUCCGCAACGUUGAUCGCAGCGGUGAGAAUGGCGACGAUGAUGACAGCGGCCCCGAGUACCAAGUCGAGUUCGACGAUGGCGAUGAAGGUAGCGAUAAUGCAGUGCCAGACAUGACGCUGCAGGAGGAUGUUAUCAUCGGCAACCGUGUGACGAAGGAUGCGAGGCGCACGAACGGGCUCAUGGCCAAGAUGAUGCGCAAGCGCCUACGACGUGCGAUCCGACUGUCGCUUCAAGCGGACGAAGAGGACGACAUGCGUGGCGAUGGUGACGACACUAGUCCAGCAGCAACAACCGCGCCAGGGAAGUUGCGGCGUCGGAGAGGUUCUGCAUCUGCGGACAAGCUGACUGACGCAGACGUGAUCUGGUCGAUCGUCGACGCGGAACUGAAAGCGGCGAGCCUGGCGCAAGCGUCGUCGCUCGCGGCGUCGACGCUGAAGGAGCUGCGCUCGAUCGUGCGCACGCUGUUCGAGGGCCUCAGCAUCAAGGCGAGCGAGCGACGGGAGCUCAUCGCGCAGCUGGAUAGGGCACGCAGCCGCAAGAAGCGUCUCAGGAAGGAGGUGUUUGAGACACGGCAAGGUGUGCUAAGGAACGAAGAGGAGAUCGCACGCAUACGGAAAGAGACGGCCGACCAGGCGCAGAAGGCUCAGGUCGCAGCUGAGAGCCUCGCUUUCUUCGACAAGCUCAAGAAUGCGGCAAGGCUUUGGAGCUGAAGGUUUGCCGUACUAUUCGACAUUUUGUCUAUUCUGGGGGGAAUCGGUCACUUUGAUGUUGUUACAACAGCUUCGCUUUACAUGAUAUGCCUUGCGUCGCGCGCUCGCUCGCUCGCUCGCUCGCAAACG